UAAAAAACAUAAUGUAGGGAAAGUUAUGUUUUUCUAUCUAGUAACUCGUGUCUCACCAUUCUUUCUGAAAGUAAACAACGUUUAUGGAUAAAAUAUCUUGAAAAAUAUUUUAGGAACACUGCCAUUCGUCAAAGUACGAGUUCAUAUAAAUUCCUGCAACUGUACUAUGAAAUAUUCGCGUUCGUCAUAUAAACAUUCGCUGUAUACUCUCAACUAUGUUUUGGUUGCGUUUUUAUUCACCUUUGAUGCCUUCCGAACCUCAUAAUUGAUUUAUAAAAUCAUUAAAGUUUCAUAUAACUUGAAAACUGUGUAAUAUAUUCUCAUCAAAAUGAGUACUCCAGUGAACAGUCUAUCUCAAUCUGAGAUGAUGAUGUCACAACCUCCUGCUACUAUAGUUAAGGAAGGUUGGUUAUUGAAACGGGGAGAGCACAUUAAAAAUUGGAGACCUCGCUAUUUCCUUCUCCUAGAUAAUGGGGCUCUCAUUGGAUUUAAAAGCAAACCAGAACAUGGUUUUGAUGAUCCCCUAAAUAACUUUACUGUGAAAGGUUGCCAAUUAAUGAAAGCAGAUAGACCAAAGCCGUAUACAUUUAUAAUACGUGGUUUACAAUGGACUACUGUAAUUGAGAGAACCUUUCAUGUGGAAUCUGAGAAAGAAAGAGAAGAAUGGAUGCAGGCUAUCCAAUAUGUUGCUGAUCGAUUGCAAGAGCAAGAACCUGAUCAAGAUGUUGAGAUGAUGGAACAAGAUGAGCUUAUGGGAAGACUGAAUAUAUCAACUAGAACUUCUACAUCUAAAGGCAGAAAAAUUACUUUAGAUAAUUUUGAAUUUCUAAAAGUGUUAGGAAAAGGAACGUUUGGAAAAGUUAUUCUUUGCAGAGAAAAAAGCACCAAUCUCCUAUUUGCUAUUAAAGUACUAAAGAAAGAAGUCAUUAUUGCUAAGGAUGAAGUGGCCCACACACUGACAGAAAAUCGAGUUUUAAGAAAUACAAAGCAUCCCUUCUUAAUCUCCCUGAAAUACUCAUUUCAAACAGCCGAUAGACUGUGUUUUGUUAUGGAGUAUGUAAAUGGUGGAGAAUUAUUCUUUCAUCUUUCUCGUGAUAGGAUUUUUAGUGAAGAGCGAACUAGAUUCUAUGGCGCAGAAAUUCUUCUUGCACUAGAUUAUUUACAUUCUGAAGGAAUAAUAUAUAGGGAUUUAAAACUCGAAAAUCUUCUUCUGGAUAAAGAGGGUCACAUCAAAAUUGCUGAUUUUGGACUCUGCAAAGAGGAUAUCAGUUAUGGUACAACCACAAAGACAUUUUGUGGUACACCUGAAUACUUGGCUCCUGAGGUGCUUGAAGAUACUGAUUAUGGCCGAGCUGUAGAUUGGUGGGGUUUGGGUGUGGUGAUGUACGAAAUGAUGUGUGGUCGCUUGCCAUUCUACAAUAGAGACCAUGACAUCUUAUUUGAAUUAAUUCUUAUUGAAGAAGUGAAAUUCCCGAAGUCUCUAUCUCCAGAAGCCAGGUCUUUACUCAGUGGUUUAUUAAUAAAAGACCCCAAGAAGAGGUUGGGAGGUGGUCAAGACGAUGCGAAAGAAGUGAUGAUCGAUCCCUUUUUUCGUUCCAUGCCAUGGCAAGAUCUCCUGGAGAAGAAGGUCACUCCACCUUUCAAACCUCAAGUGACAUCAGAUACUGAUACUCGAUACUUUGACAAAGAAUUUACUGGUGAAUCUGUUGAAUUAACACCUCCUAACAACGGACCCUUAAACUCCAUUACAGAAGAACUGGAACAACCGUAUUUUCAACAGUUUUCUUUCCAUGGCAGCACAGGAACAUUGGGAAAAAGCAUUGAUCAGCAGUAGAUCAGAUUCAAGUUUUGAAGAAAAAAAAAAUUCAAAUCAUUUUUGUGUGCUCUAAAGUUUUCAUCAUGUUUCUUUAUAUAAAAGAUGCACCCCUACUCAGGUUAAAUGAGUGUGUUCUUUAUGAUGAAAAAAGUGGUUUGAUAAAACUGAGAAUUGAAUUUCCUUUUUUUUAAAGAGUGACUGAAUUGUGCAGUGCAAUGAGAAGAAUGAACUCUGCAACUGAGGUACAUUUAAUUGACGAUGUGUUGUAUAUUAGUGUGGAUAUUAAAAGCAGUUUUAAUAAGCAGCUAUUCAAGACUGGUAAAAAUGUAUAAAUUCAAUUAAACCAGAUGGUGCCAGCAUUUAGUGCAUUUGUUGAAUCAAAAUUUGUUACAGAAUUUCCAAAUAUAGAAAUUAAAAGAAAUCAUCCGUUUCCUAUAAAUGUUAAUACAAGUUAUUAAUAUGCUGGUAAACUCUUAAAUAUUUUUAUGAAGUUGAGUGCUUGAUUAGUACUAGAAGUUUUCAUAUGUUUCACUAAAGCCCUUCUAUUUUGUUAUGUCACUGUAUUUGAAACUAAAACAUUUUUAUUUUUUUAAUUAUGAAAGCUGCAUUUUAUAUAUAUAUAUGUGCAUGUAUUAUUCUGUGCAUAAUGAAGCUUUAGUUCAACCGACAUCAAGUUGAAGAUUAUAUAAAUUUAAUCAGAUACUUUAAUUAGAAUUGUGCGGGGAAAAUUCUUAGAAUCAAUUUUUCUGAAAAAGUGACUUUUAUUUCAAGCUGUUUAUCUCUUCCUAUUCAUUUCAUUACUUAGGUGCUAGAAGAGAACUUAUAUAGAGCAAACUGUUACUGGAAAUCUGUUUUGUUUAUUUUUAAUAUAUAGCUUUACUUAAAGCCUUUUUAUCAGAAAUUGGAAUCCUUUUUUAGGAUAAAUGAUUUGGAGGCAAUAUUUUUUGAGUGAUCCUUCUACCACAAUGUUUAUUUAGUUUAUAGGAAGAUUAGAUUGUAAAUAUAUUUUACUUUCUAUUUUCAUAAUCUCGGUGUAAAA